AUGGCCUUUUCAAUUCUACUCUGUUUCGUUUUUCUUCUCCCUUCCCUUUCUUCUUCCUCUGAUCCAUUGUGUAAUCAUCUUGAUCACUCUGCACUUCUCCAAUUCAAGGAUCAAUUCACAGCCUCAUUUUUGUCAAAAACAAGAUCGUGGGGGAAUAGUUCAAAUUGCUGCUUGUGGGAUGGGGUCACAUGUGACCCUGUGUCUGGUCAAGUGAUUGGCCUUGAUCUUAGUUCAGGUUUUCUUCAAGGUCAACUCACUUCAAAUAGCACACUCUUUCAACUUGUUCAUCUUCAGACACUCAACUUGGCUUACAAUGAUUUUGAAGGGUCUUUGGUACCAUCUCAAUUCGGUGACCUUCCUAAUCUCACUCAUCUAAAUUUGAGCUCUUCUUUUUCCAAUGGUGAAAUUCCUCCCAGAAUCACACAAUUGUCUAAAUUAGUCUCUCUUGAUUUGUCUGUUACUUGGGGGAAUUUGAGACUUGAACAAUCCACAUGGGAACAACUCAUUUUAAACAUGACUGAUUUAAGAGAACUUGUCUUAGAUUAUGUGAACAUGUCUUCUGUUAUGCCAAGCUCCUUCUAUUUGUUUGUGAAUUCAUCAUCCCCUUUGGUUUCCCUUAGACUUAAAGAUACUAAGUUGCAGGGAAACAUCACAAGUGACAUUUUUCGUUUACAAAAUCUUCAAUGGCUGGAUUUGUCACUGAAUAAAAAUCUUAAAGGUCAACUUCCAAGGUCCAAUUGGAGCUCGCCUCUCUCAUCUCUGGAUCUUAGCCUCACAUCUUUCUCAGGAGGAAUAUUUGAUUCCAUAGGUGAUUUGAGGCAUCUUAAUAAUUUGAAUCUGGAAAGUUGUGGACUUGAAGGACCAAUUCCUCUGGGUUUCAGGAAUCUCACUCAUCUAACUCAUUUGAACCUUGGCUCAAACAAAUUGAGUGGUGAGAUUCAAUUCCUUUCAAACCUAAAGCUUCUCUCUUCCUUAAUCCUUAGUAAUAAUGAUUUUAGUGGACAAAUCCCAUCAUCACUUUCAAGUCUGAAACAUCUCAUUGUCAUAGAUUUUUCAGAAAAUAAUUUUAAUGGUGGAAUCACAAGUGUGUUUGGAGAGCUUAGCAACCUGGAGAGUUUAUCAAUUUCUAGAAACAACAUAAGAGGACAGCUUCCAUCUUUGUCUAAUCUAUCUCAACUCUCUUCUUUUGAUUGUAGCUUUAACAAAUUAGUUGGUCCAAUUCCAAAUGAAAUUUGCAAACUGUCUAAGUUGGUUGAGUUAGAAUUGUCUCAUAACUUGUUCAGUGGAACAAUUCCUUCUGGGUGUUAUUCUUCACCAUCUUUGAAAAGUUUGCAUCUUAAUGACAACCAUCUUACUGGGUCCAUUAGCCAAUUUUCAAGUUACUCAUUGAUGGAGUUUGAUCUUUCCAACAACAGGUUAGAAGGAAAUUUUCCAGAGUCAAUUUUUGGACUCACAAUUGAGCAUCUUUCAAUGAGAAAUAUCCAAAUUCUUGAUCUUGGUUUCAACAAGUUACAAGGAAAUCUACCAAUUCCACCAUUGGGUAUUAUCUCCUUUUCAGUUUCCAACAACAAAAUAAGUGGGCAAAUUUCAUCAUUGAUUUGCAAUGCAAGCUCACUUAUGAUACUCAACUUGUCUCACAACAAUUUGCCAGGCCCUAUUCCACAGUGCCUUGUGGCCGUCCUAUCCAUUUCUGAUCUAGACUUGCGGAACAAUGGCCUUACCGGAACUAUUCCUAACAAUUUUUCAAAGGACAGUGUGCUGCAAUCUUUGAAUCUCAAUAACAACAAACUUGAGGGACCAUUCCCUAGAUCCUUGGCUUAUUGUGAUCAACUUCAAAUUUUGGAUGUGGGAGAGAACCAGAUUGAGGACACGUUUCCCAAUUGGCUUGAAGCUCUACCAGAGUUACAGGUACUUGUUUUGAGAGAUAAUAAGCUGCAUGGAACUAUUACUAGUUCCAACGCCAAGCAUCCCUUUUGGAAGUUAAGGAUUUUUGACAUUUCCAGCAACCAUUUCAGUGGGUCUUUGCCAGCAACAUACAUCAAAGAAUUUAAAGGAAUGGUGAAGGUAGACAGUGUUGAAACAACAUCUCUGUACAUGGAAAGUAGAAAUGAUCUCUUAUAUCAGUAUUCAGUGAAGAUCAAUAUGAAAGGUAAUGCCAUGGAGCUUGAAAAGAUCUUGAAAAUAUUAACUACUCUUGACUUGUCAAGUAAUAAAUUUGAUGGAGAGAUUCCAAAAGUGAUUGGAGAGUUAUAUUCACUGAAAGGACUGAAUUUCUCCCACAAUGGAAUCACAGGUUCUAUUCCUCAAUCAAUGGGGAAUUUGACAAAUGUUGAAUGGUUAGAUUUAUCAUGGAACAAGCUUGUAGGUGAGAUUCCUCCAACAUUGACGAAUCUCAACUUUUUGGCUAUUUUGAACCUUUCAUGGAACCAGCUUGAGGGAAUCAUACCAAGAGGUAAGCAAUUUGACACAUUCUUAGAAGAUUCAUAUGAAGGAAAUUCAAGAUUGUGUGGAGUUCCAUUGACAAAAAGUUGCAGCAAGGAUGAAGGAAAACUACCACAGCCAUCUUCAUCAACAUUCUUUGAGUUUGGUUGGAAACCAGUAGCCAUUGGAUAUGGAUGUGGGAUGAUAUUUGGAAUUUUCAUGGGAUAUCUUGUAUUCUUAAUUGGAAAACCUCAGUGGCUGGUCAGAACUUUUGGAGGUCAAAUUAAGAAACAAAGAAAAAAGGCCAGAAACAGAGUUUGUGCAAAUCGAGGAAGAACGAAUUAG